AUGAGUGAGGACAGACAGGGCGGGAGCGCUGGCUGCACGGAGGGCACGUGUGCUGAGGCAGAGAGGCAACUGGCCGCUGAGGGCAGGACCUGGGGCAGCGAGAGGCUGGGGGGAGAGGACUGGAUGUACCAGGGCCUAAGCCAGGCGUGGGUCAAAAGACAGAGAGGGGUCGACCUCUGGGAGUGCGAAGGGCAAAGAGAGGCCAGGGAAGGUGCCAAGGCAGCAGGCCAGGCAACUGGUUCUGGGCCACUCUUCAGGCCUGGCCUGGCCCAUUUCCCCAAGGAUCCCCCACCUGCCUCCCCAUUCCCGCGUGGAGUCACUGGGACUGGGCUGGGCCUCACCGCCACGCGCCCGGCCUGUGUUUCAGAGAAACCGGGGCUUUGCCCAGCAUUUAAAAUCAGAGACGAGGGGCUGCCCCUGACGCUGUGCCAGCAGGACAGCGACUGCCACAAGAGAGACAAGUGCUGCAGGAUGGGCUCCAGCUACGUCUGUGCACCGCCCUCCCCAACGGCAGAGGAACCCAGCACUGGCCCAGCCACCCCUGAAGGGCACAGUGGGCAGAGAUGCCGCAGUGACCGGGACUGCCCGGGAGCAGAGAUGUGCUGCAGCCAUCAGUGCCAUGCAGAGUGCCCCGCACAGGACGAAGGGAAGCCUGGAUUCUGCCCCGUGCGCAACGGGCUCUACUUCAGCUAUGACUGUGAAGCCAGAUGCCAACGGGACGGCGAUUGCCCCAGAGACCAGAAGUGCUGCCUGCGUGGCUGCGACCACGAGUGCUUGGCCCCUUCUGAAGAGAAGCCCGGCAUCUGCCCCCUGACAGACGGGAUAACGUCCAAUUCCCCCUGGUGCAAGUCCUCGUGCGCAGAGGACAAGGAGUGCGCGGGAGACCAGAAGUGCUGUGACAGUGGGUGUGGCCGGACAUGCCAGGCCCCAGAGAGAGAGAAACCCGGCACAUGCCCAAAGCAGAAGCCCUGGCAAACACUGGUGCCGUGCAAUGAGCAGGACGCCUGCGCUCAUGACCGGGAUUGCCCCAGGCAGGACAAGUGCUGCUUCGCCGGCUGCGCCAUGCGCUGCGGCCCCCACUACAAAGAGCAUCCCGGUGCCUGUCCCAGGGCAAAGGCCUGCAGCGACCCGAGGCAGCGCCAUUCAAACCAGUGCCUGGACGACCACGUGUGCGAGAGACACGAGAAGUGCUGCGACACAGGGUGCCGCCGGGAGUGCGUGGCAGUGCGCACAGAGAGCGAGGACAAGUCUGGGGAUGGCCCCACGGGCGCCUGUGUGGACGAGUGCAGGGCUGACGAGGAGUGUCCCAGAGGACAAAGAUGCAGAAGCAAUGGCUGUGGCCGCGUCUGCCAGGAAGUCUCCCGAGGCGUCUGCCCAAGUCCCCUGGGCUUUGGGCCGUGCGUGGAUUUGUGCUUUGCUGAUGUGGAGUGUCCCAGAGGACAGAAGUGCUGCAGCAAUGGGUGUGGCCAUGUCUGCAUGACGGCAAUCACCGGAGGAAGACCCGGCCUUUGUCCAGUGCCCCAAGGGAAAGGCAUAUGUGUGGAGCGAUGCAGGGAGGAUGAGGAGUGUCCCAGGGGGCAGAAGUGCUGCAGUAAUGGGUGUGGUCAUGUCUGCACGUCCCCAAUCUUUGCAGAUGCUGUAUAACGAGCUGAAAGGAAGCCGCACCUUUAUCAUGGGACAGCCCAUCGUUAGAAUCCCUUCACUGGCCCUGCCCUCUCCUGCCUGCUCUGCCAAUGUAACCU